UUCGUCCGCCGGCCUCGACAUCUCGCGAUAUCCGCUUCAACCCUACACCCGCCUGCCAGCCUAUCCAGCCGCGCAACGGCCCUCUGAAAAAUACCGGAUAACACCAUAGUCGAACAGAGCGCAUAUUCAUCCGCGCUGCGAUGGAUCUGGCUUACGAUUACAUUCAGGAAAGCUCGCUCCCUAAGGAUGCCGACAAGAAGACGGGCGACACCAAAGACUCUAAUCCCGAUCAGCCGCAACAUUCGCUCAAUGAUGAACUCCAGGAGGCGUACAAGGCCAUAUCCUCUAGCGCUUGGGGCAUGCGAAUAGGUGGUUUCUUGGGAAAUGCCGUGAAGCAGGGACAAGUAGUCUACAAGGAAGCCUCCAAGGAAGUUACCGAACUCGGCGGAGACGCUGCCAAGGGCUUCACGUCCAUCAUCAGCCGCACGCGAUCGCUGACCGUCAACACGGCGCAAGGAGAAUCUUCUGGGGACAAGGGCAAGGAGACCGACAGCCAGACGACGCCGACCAAGACUCGAGACCAGGCAUCGGACGAGGAGGCUAUGAGCAGUUCGGAGAACUAUUUGGCUAGGCUCCGCUCUGAGGCUGCCAAACGGCUCAAAGACUUGCAAAAGGCCGAAGACGCCGCCGACGAGGCUCUCCUUCGUUUCGGCACCAACAUUAGCAACUUCCUUAAAGAGGCGGUCAGCAUCGCGCCGCCUUCGGAUUCCAACAACCAAGGAAGCACCGUUAUGUUUGAAAGCAAGGAUGCACAAGGGAAACGCGUCAUUCAUACUUCGCGGCAGGACGCCCAGCUGCACGUCAUACACACGAGCACCGAGGGCUUCGCAAAGGACCCCGCGACGGAGGAAUUCACUAUAUGGGCCAAGGCUUUUGACGUUGAGAAGAAGACGGCUGAGAUAAGCGACGACUUGAACAAAUACCCCGAACUGCGAGCGACGAUGGAGAAGCUUGUGCCCGAUCAGGUUCCUUAUGCUGAAUUCUGGAAGAGAUACUACUUUCUUAGACACGGUCUCGAGGCCGCCGAGACCCGACGACGUGACUUGCUCAAGGCUGCAUCUGCCGAAGACGAAGUUGGUUGGGACGACGAUUCUGAGGACGAGGCUGCCCCUGCUCCGACUUCUGCCCCGACUUCUGCCCCGACUUCUGCCCCGACUGCUGCUCCUGCUGCUCCUGCUACUGCUACUGCUACUGCUACUGCUACUGCUACUGCUUCUGCUUCUACUUCCACUGCCCCUGCUGCCUCUGCCCCUACAUCUGCCCCUGGUCCUUCUCCCAAGGCCGAGCAGAAGCAAGUGCGUCCCGCGUCGGCCGAAUCCUCCACCACGAUCCAGCCCCCCACACAGACCUCCAGCCUCAAACCUGCCGCCGAGUCCCGUAAGUCGAACGACGAGAAGUCCCAGGCCGACAGCGACACAAGCUACGAUGUUGUGGGUGCCACAUCCGGUGUGCCCAGCCAGGCUCCCAAUAGCCCCAAGGAUUCCCGCAAGGCCGACGAUAGCGACGACGACUGGGAGUAAGCUGGCGUGGUUGCUUUGCUUCUUUUUUGCUGGCUGGCGUUGGUUGGGUUUGGUUGAACCUUUUCGGCUCGAAUGGCAGCUCUUAAUUUGCGGACAUCUGUACAUCAGCCGUGGCUCGUAGUGCACCGGUUUUCUUUGUGACCAAGUCGGAUUCUCUUCUCUCGCGCUC